CCUACUUUAGGUCUGGAAGUCCUGUGAGACGGUUGCAGUCAAAGUCUUAAUUGUGCAAAGGGUUUCUGUUUCUUGUGCUUCUUGUGUUCCGCUUUGCUGGUAAUACUGACAUGGAGCCAUUUUAUUCUCUGGCAUUUGCGUUUGGAUUGAACUCUCUAUUGGAAGGAGAUAUGUUCGACAUUGUUGGAAAACUUCCUGAAGAGAUAAGUGUCAUGAUUCUGAGAAUGUUGGACUCCAAGACCCUUCUGUCUGCAGCUAUGGUCAGCAAAAAGUGGCUGAGCUUGUGCCAUGCAGAUUUGACUCUGCGUACUAGAAUCAGGCAGCAGAUACAUCAGGAAAGAAAGGAAAUUUGGAAUCCACGUGUUAUAGUGAGAACAUAUCAGAAUAACUCUCAGCCUUUAGCAGCCUUCAGUGGAGUCCAUAGGAUAACUGUUUCAGCUGUAUCAAAUUGGAUUUACUGCCUCUCAUCACCAUCUCAUAUCAUCACAUCAUGAAUUGUUAGCUUAUGAAGAAUACUCGCCCAAGACCUGAAAAGAUCCAGCUGCCAGUAACCCAACGUCACAAAAUUC